AUUUGAUGGUUAAUAAAGCAAUAUCUCUCGGUGAAAAUCCAUCAAUGGAGGAAUUUUACGGGUUUCAUGCGAUGGUGCGGGAUGAAGGAUCUAAUUGUUUGGCAUAUGUGCAAGAGGCAGAUAGGACUCAUGUUCAAGCAGAUUAUAGAAGAGAGGAGCUAAUGUCUGACCAUUUGCAUCCUCCUAUUCGUUGGCGAGGAAAAGGUGGUGUUGCGGGUAGGAAGGUACGUGCUAUUGAGAGAGGUCGAGCACCUAUUGAAAUGAGUGAAGAUGAUCAAACCACACAAGAUUCCCAAGCAGUUUUGAAUUAUGAACCAACAAACAUUGAGAGUGUGACGUACACGACACCACAGACUCCACAAAUAUCAAGGAACCCAAGUCUUUCAUCACUUGAAAAUGUAUUUGGUAGUAAUCAACCUCAACAUUUUGACAAUGCCCCAAACUUUGUGGAUGGUGAUGAGUUGGAGGAUGCGAAUCAAGGUGCAAACCAAUGUGGUGAACCAUCAGUGAAGAAAAAGCGUACAAUCAUUCCUAAGCUUUGUAGGACUGGGAGUCAUUAUCUUAAUCAGCACGACCAAAAGAACAAAACAAAAGUUUCUGUUUUGACAAAGAAAAAAGGCAAAGGAUGAUUCUGUGAACCGCCCAAGACUGUGGUGGAUUACAUU